CUGUAUCCUCCCCUCUCCCGGACAUUGUAACUGAUCCGGCCGGCCUCCUCCGGGAGCAUCUCCCCAGCAGAUGCGGCAGAGUCCCGCCCACCUCUGGGCGGACGCUGGCCGGAGGGAGGCGGUGACUUGAGUCAUCCACCCGGAAGAUUCGGAGGCCCGCACAGCCCUGGUCUCAGCAUGAUGGAGACAGGAACCUUGCCAAAGUUUCGGGAAGACUUCAGGAAGCAGAAUAAAUCCGUGUUCAUUCUGGGGGCCUCAGGAGAAACUGGCCAAGUACUUCUCAGGGAACUCCUGAAAGAGAACCUGUUUGCUAAGGUCACCCUCAUUGGGCGCAGGAAAAUAGAGUAUGAAGAGGAAGCUUAUAAACAUGUGCAUCAAGAAGUGGUGGAUUUUGAAAAACUUGAUGAAUAUUCCUCAGCUUUCCAAGGCCAUGAUGUUGGAUUUUGUUGCCUGGGGACUACCAGAAGCAAAGCUGGUGCGGAUGGAUUUGUUCGUGUUGACCGGGAUUAUGUGUUGAAGUCUGCAGAGCUGGCCAAAGCUGGAGGUUGCAAACAUUUCAACUUACUUUCAUCUAAAGGAGCUGAUAAGUCAAGCAGUUUCUUAUACUUACAAGUCAAGGGUGAAGUAGAAGCCAAAAUUGAAGAAUUAAACUUUGAUCGGUACACAAUUUUUAGGCCAGCAGUCCUGUUAUGUAACAGAAAAGAAUCCCGCCCAGCUGAGUGGUUGACCAGAAAAUUCCUUGGUUCCCUACCAUCCUCUUGGGCCAAAGAUUAUUCUAUACCUGUUACAACUGUUGUCAGAGCAAUGGUUAAUAACCUAGUAAUGCCGAGUGACAAGAAGAUGGAGUUACUGGACAACCAGGCUAUCCAUAACCUCGGAAAGGCAGAAGACCUUAACUGAGCCAUGAUUGCACUGGGGAAAAAUGCCUUUGAUUCUUCAUAUCAUUACCAGGUUGACAUUGUCAAGAGGGUAGGAAUAUAGGGCUAUAUAGUGUAAAUAUGAUAUGGUAUGAUAUGAUAUGAUAUCAUUUGAGACUUGUUGGUAGAAUAGUUAAUAGAAUAUUGGGUUUGCAGUUCAGAAAACUUGGGUUCAAAACCAGCUUUGUCACUGUGGGCAAAUCACUUAAACAUCUGUAAUCCCUAGAUUCUUCAUCUUUAAAUGAUUAGUGUAAAUAAUAGUACCUACCUUACAGGAUUAUAAAGAUCAAAUGAGAUAAUAUAUGUAAAGCUCUUUGCACAUCUGAAAACACUAGGUACACAUUAGCUAUAUUAUUUAUCUGAAAAAGUUACUUUAUUUCAGUAGCUCCUGAUUUUUUUUUUUUUUGAGGUAGUGAGGGUUAAGUGACUUGCCUAGGGUCACACAGUUAGUGUCAAGUAUCUGAGGUCAGAUUUGAACUCAGGUUCUCCUAAAAUCCAGGGCUGGUACUCUGUUCACCGUACCUACCAUUUAGCUGCCCCCUCUGCCCUUCUUUGGAGAUAGUCAGGGUGACCCAAAUUUUUAAAAAUGUCAGAUUAAUUAACAGCUAUUGAGAAACUAUCUAAUAAAAAAAUCUACUAUUAAUUCAGGGAUACUUCAAAAUUGUUUUAUAUUUUUUACUAAUAAUAGCAUCUAUAAAGUUUUCAUUUUAAAUAGCAAUUCAUAUGUGUAUGAAACAUUUGAUCUAUGGAAGGUAGGUUUACUUAUAAUAUUAUUUAUAUCAUUAAUUAUUAUAUAGUAUGUUAUGUUAUAUUUUAAUUAUAAUAUUGAUUCCUUUACCCCUUGCAAUAACUCUGUGGUCCUUUGGGGAUCUGCAGUUGAGCAACAAUGAUGUUAGUGGAAUUUUGUUGUCUUCUCAAUCUAUUAGAAUCCAAAAUAGUUUUAUUACACAUUAGUUCUGUUUCAUUUUUCUAAUAUAUUGUAAGUCCUGCUUGUCUUAUGCAAAGUACUUCAUCAAUUACAUUAUUUUUUGGGAUGGGGGCAAUGAAGUUUAAGUGACUUGCCCAGGGUCACACAGCUAGUAAGUGUCAAGUGUCUGAGGCUGCAUUUGAACCCAGGUCCUCCUGAAUCCAGGGCUGGUGCUUUAUCCACUGCACUAAUUACAAUGUUCUUUAAAAAAAAAAAAGACGACGACUUUUGGGGCUUUUUUCUCAAAGAAUGGAAGCAUGAUUACAGUGAUCCAGUUGGUAUAGAUUAUAGAGGUUAUGCCAUACUGUAUGUACAUUGUGGUUUAAAUUAUUCCUGUGCCUUUAUUAAUUCUUUAUAAUGUACAAUAAAAAGGGAAUUUCUCUAAUGAUGUUGUGGUUCUUGAAUUAAGCAGAAAAGCAAUAAAGCUUAUGUGUAACUAGGCCAGGC